AUGUCAGCAAUAGUGCAGUCCGCUGCGCUUUUUCCACUAUUCUUCACGCUGCCCCGGGAACUUCGAGACACCAUCUACGAGCUCGCGCUCGAGCCCGGCAAUAGCCAGCCUCGAGUAGACGCCACGAGCUCGUACGCCUACGAUCUUCGCCUGCUACAGGUCAAUCGGACCGUCAACAAGGAAGCGGAAGAGGUCUUUCACCGGGUCAACAAGCUCGUGAUAAUACGCGUAGACGUCUUCGUCAUCUUUCGCGACGGAAGCAACGACUUCCAGCGCUUCCUCGCCCCGUUCGCACUGCAUGCACUCACCACCAACCACUACAGGGUGCAGCAAUUUGCCAUCACUGGAAAGCGCAAGAUGCGACUCGAGAUCCGGGAGACCGCAAGCAACGGAGCGCAGAGGCGACCCUGGACCGCCGUUGUCCGAUCUCGAGAUCUCGACGCCUUCUGCCAAGGACUACAGUGGCUCAUGUUCUCAAAGAUAGACUUCAGCCCGCAGAACUUCGAUUUUGCCCACCAUGCUAAUGGCAACACCCUGCUUACAGUCAAGCAGUCGACGCUACCGCCAUUCACAGUCUAUCUCAACACCAAAACCGAUAUCUUCGGGCCGCCUUCCAUGCUCCAGCUCACACGUCUGUUGUGCAAUUUGACCCGCUGCGUGUAUCCAGGGCAGGAGAGUCGCUUCGUCCACAACGAGUGGGACAUCGAGGCCGGUUUCAAAGCUAUGAUGCAGGAGCAUAUGGGUCCUCGCACCGUGUCUCUAUCAGCAAUGAUGUGGGAGAUGAUCGAGGCCGCUCACGACAUGAAAUUAUAUCUCGACGUCUUGUACAGCAGAGGCCGCUAUGAUCAGAUCAUCGACUUGGUGAACAAGAUUGCUACAGCUUUCGACGGCGCUAUGCAAAGUAUCGCCACCUUGCCCGCCAGCGGCCCUGCUUGCGAGCCAAUGGCCCGAGCAUCGGUCAUCAUAAUGGAUUGCAAAGCGCUACAGUUGACCUGCUGCUUGGAGCAAGGGAAGGGAGCAAGCGUCAUCGCUUAUGGUAAUAGUGUCGCAGCAAUGGACGUCAGCUCGUACAUGAAUCGCGCGGGGGGCAAUGGAGACCCGCUUGAGCUUAUGGUCAGAGCUCCGGGGGGAUUACUGUCUCACGGAGAGCUCAUGCUGCUGGAUCAGACCAUGAAAUUCCUGAUGGCACCAUGGCAGAGUGGGACCACUGCUGCCCGGAUCUGCUUGAUGGAGACGAUCCUCGCCUUCGAUAUAUUGCGCGGACACGAGCCUGAGCGCGCUGAUAUCCGGGAGGACUUCGAGUAUCUCAAGAGCAUCCUCGAUACACCUCUGGUAAGUUGGUAUCAUUCGUUAGAAAGAAGAUACGCUGACUCGAAUAGAAACUCACAGGAUAUACUCGCGGGUGGAUGACAAUGAAAGAGGUAUUCGAGGGUCUUAGUAUCGGCAAGAAGCUGAAGCAGCGAGUCCCGAAGACUUCGAAGGCGUACGAGUACAGCAUUCCGGAAGACAAGCAGGGCUGGAUCGAGAAGCCACAGAAGUGA